AUGGAUGCAGCAGGCACGGAUCCCGUCCUCCCAAUGCCGUCGGCGCUACUGUUCCCGCCGCCGCUGGCACCUUACCGCUACUACUCGCCUCCUUCAACUUCUUCUCCGGCGUCGUCCGCGUUGGCGGCGUCUCGCCACCACGCUUCGCUGGAGAUCACGAGCCUGCCGCUCCUGGUGCUCACCGUGCUGGGCAUCCUCAGUAUCUCCGCCCUCCUCCUCACCUACUACGUGCUCGUCAUCCGCUGCUGCCUCACCUGGCACACCACCUCCUCCCCCGACUCCGGCAGCCGCCUCAUCAUCUCCCUGUCCCGCCGCCGCAGGCGCCACAGCAACACCCACGAACUCCCGGUGGUGCACGGGCCGGCGCCUGACGAGGCGCACCACGGGCUCGCCGAGAUGGCCAUCCGGGCGCUGCCGGCGUUCAGGUACAGCAAAGCCAUGAAGGACGACGACAGCACUGGCAGUGACACGAGCGAGUGCGCGGUGUGCCUGGGCGAGUUCCAGGAGGAGGAGAGGAUCAAGCUCCUCCCGAGCUGCCUCCAUGUCUUCCAUGCGGAAUGCAUCGACACCUGGCUCCAGGGCAACGCAAACUGCCCGCUCUGCAGGGCAGCCAUUACCAGCACCACACAGGUUCCAGCAGCAGACCUUCAGCUCCAUAGGCAGAGACCAGAGGAGGUAAUCAUCCAGGUGCAGGUCGCCAGCACUGACGAAGAAGCCGACAGACCGGAAGGUGACGCUGCAUAUUUGCAAGCCGGCAAGGAGAACACAAAGGCCGACGCUCACUUCCAUGGAGAUGGCAGUGACAGCGGCAGCAGUGAAGUAAUUUGUAGGCUGUGA